UAUUUUGUAAUAAAGAAAGUAAAAGAUUUAAGAUAAGUGCAACAUUUGUUGGGCAAAGCGUUUCGUUUUUGUAAUAUCAUCAGCGGCUUCUCUUCUGAGUUUCUGGAAUCCAUGAUAAGAGAAUGAUCAAUCAAUUCCUCAUUAAUUAAUCCGACAGUUGUACCGAAGCAAGCCAGGUCCAGACCAGCCUUCUCGCAAUUUCUGUUUAUCAAUCAGUCGCCCUAUAAUUCAUUUCAGUAGUUGACUCGUCAUUACGGCCAACCAUCCGGAAUUCUUUUCCCUAAACUUGAAUCCGACAUUUUUCUCAUCUGCUACGGAGAUUAAUUCAUAAAAAGGAGAAAUGGAGACGGAUAUGGAAUCGAAUUCCACGAGUUCUUUCAAGCUCUGGAGCGAGCUGGUAUUAGAAGAGUACACGGAAAAAUUCGUGAUCAAAUCCGUGGAAUCGCCGGAUCAAGGCUUCUCUAUAAGCCGCCUUGACGGGAACAUCGACAAGCUUAACAGUGAUGACCCCUCUGGAAGUCCUUCUAAAGUCUCAACCAUAUAUGGGGUUGCUGGAACAAUUAGGUUGCUGGCAGGUACAUAUGUUCUUGUUAUAACUUCUAGGAAGGAGGUCGGAACUUAUCUUGGGUUUCCUGUUUUCUUGGUUACAUCAAUGAAGUUUCUGUCCUGCAACGGGGCUUCGAGAUUCUUAACAAGUCAAGAAAAAAGAGAUGAAGAUUACUAUAUGACCCUGUUGAAGAUAGUGGAAUCAACUCCAGGCUUGUAUUUUUCUUAUGGAACAGAUAUAACACUAAACUUGCAGAGGAGAUGCAAGCUGGCAACAGGAUGGGAGAGCAAACCAAUUUGGAAGCAGGGUGAUCCACGAUUUGUUUGGAAUAGGAAUCUGUUGGAGGAACUUAUUGAAAACAAGCUUGAUGGAUUUAUCAUCCCUUUAUUACAAGGAAGCUUUCAGACUGGAGAAAUGAAGCUGAAAAAUUCACCAGCUGUUAUAAAAUUACUCUCUCGGAGGUGUACAAGGCGCCUAGGGACAAGAAUGUGGAGAAGAGGAGCUAAUCUAGGUGGAGAUACUGCUAAUUUCAUAGAAACUGAGCAGCUGCUGGAAUUUGAAGGCCAUAUUUCCUCUUUCCUGCAGGUUCGGGGGUCAAUUCCACUUCUGUGGGAGCAAAUUGUUGAUUUGAGCUAUAAACCACGACUCAAUAUAAUUCAUCAUGAACAGACAUCAGAAGUCGUGGAGCGCCAUUUUAAUGAUAUAUUGCAAAGGUAUGGAGGUUGCAUUGCGGUUGACCUAACGGAUAAGCAUGGAGAUGAAGGUUUGUUAAGUAUGGCUUAUGCAGAAGAAAUGCAAAAGCUAAUGCAAAAGCUUCCUAAAGUGAGGUACGUCUCAUUUGACUUUCACCAAGUGUGUGGCAAUGGGAACUUUGAGAAUAUACGACUCAUGUACGACCAACUCGCAGAAGACUUUGAGAAGCAAGGAUACUUCCUUUUAGAUCCUGAAGGGAAGGUGUUAGCAGAACAGGAAGGUGUAGUUAGAUCUAACUGCAUUGAUUGCCUUGAUAGAACAAAUGUUACACAGAGCUACCUUGGGCAGAAGUCUUUAAAUUCUCAGCUGCAGAGAGUCGGUGCAAUUUCUUCAACCGAAUGUAUUUCGAUGUUUAGUGAAGAUUUUGAAAUUUUUAAGACUUUAUGGGUGGAUCAUGGGGAUGAAAUAAGCCUUGAGUACUCUGGAACCCAUGCACUGAAACGGGACCUUGUAAGAUAUGGAAAACAGACAAUGGCUGGUAUUAUCAAAGAUGGGAUGAGUGCCCUCUCAAGAUAUUACUUAAAUAAUUUUCACGAUGGAGUUCGACAGGAUGCAAUUGACCUUAUCAGUGGUCGCUAUACUGUGAACAGAAAUGGCCCCUCUCCUUCCCAGCCUAGAGGAUUUGAUACCCUCUCUUAUCUUCCUGUUGCAUCAGCUUUACUAGUUGGAGGAUUGACAGUGACCUCAAUCACAUUGAACCAAGCGGGAAGACAAGCACAUCAAUAUCUAUCUUCGGUGAUCUGUGCUGGUCUAACUGCUGGUGUGAUGGCAGUAAUUAAAGCCAAUGGAAGGCAAAUUUGUUCGAGGCCUCGGCUCUGUGGUCUGUUGUAACGGACGCUUGGCAAACUCUGCUCUAUUUACUUCAUUUUCUAUAAACACUUUGUGUCACAUACUUUAUUUUUUAUAAUAACUUUGUAAAAUGUACUAGCAGUAGUACAAUCUUUGAACCCUGUAUGUUGGUUGAAGACGAGGUUGGUAUGCAGAAAAGUUAAAAGGACUUAGUAAAAGAUUAAUAAAAGCCUGUGUCUGUUUGAUAAA